AAAUGUAAAGAAUGUGGCAAAGCUUUCAGUCGAAAAUCAAACCUUAUUUGCCACAGGAGAACUCACACUGGAGAGAAACCCUACAAAUGUAAAGAAUGUGGCAAAGCUUUUAGUCAAAAAACAGACCUUAUUCACCACAGCAGAACUCACAGUGGAGAGAAGCCCUACAAAUGUAAAGAUUGUGGCAAAGCUUUCAGUCGAAAAGUAGGACUUACUUAUCACAGCAAAACUCACAGUGGAGAGAAGCCCUACAAAUGUAAAGAAUGUGGCAAAGCUUUCAGUCUAAAAUUACUCCUUAUUUGCCACAGCAGAAUUCACACUGCAGAGAAGCCCUUCAAAUGUGAAGAAUGUGGCAAAGCUUUCAGUCGAAAAUUUCUCCUUAUUUGCCACAGGAGAACUCACACUGGAGAGAAGCCCUACAAAUGUAAAGAAUGUGGCAAAGCUUUCAGUCAAAAAUCACACCUUAUUAGCCACAGAAGAACUCACACUGGAGAGAAGCCCUACAAAUGUAAAGAAUGUGGCAAAGCUUUCAGUCAAAAAUCAAACCUUAUUUGCCACAGGAGAACUCACACUGGAGAGAAACCCUACAAAUGUAAAGAAUGUGGCAAAGCUUUUAGUCGAAAAUCACACGUUAUUUGCCACAACAGAACUCACACUGGAUAGAAACCCUACAAAUGUAAAGAAUGUGGCAAAGAUUUCAGUUGAAAAUCAAACCUUAUUUGCCACAGGAGAACUCACACUGGAGAGAAACCCUACAAACGUAAAGAAUGUGGCAAAGCUUCUAGUCGAAAAUCACACGUUAUUUGCCACAACAGAACUCACACUGGAUAGAAACCCUACAAAUGUAAAGAAUGUGGCAAAGAUUUCAGUCGAAAAUCAAACCUUAUUUGCCACAGGAGAAGUCACACUGGAGAGAAGUCCUACCAAUGCAAAGAAUGUGACAAAGCUUUCAAUCGAAAAUCACACCUUAUUUGCAACACAGAAUUCACACUCGAGAGAAGCCCUACAACUGUGGCAAAGCUUUUAGAAUAAAACAGGCAUUAUUCAUCAUAGAAGAACUCACGCUGGAGAAUAGCCCUAAAAAUGUGAAUAAAGUGGCAAAACUUUUAAUAAAAAAUAAAACUAUUCACCGCAGCAGAAGACACCCUGGUGAAUAUGAAAUGUAAAUAAAGUGAUAAUACUUUUAAAGAAAAACUAAACCUCAUUAAUAGGAAAGAACACCUAUGAAUGAAAACAAUGUAUCAAAGCUUUUAAUAAGAAAUCAAUUCUUUUUCA